AUGGCGCAGCAUGACUUUGCUCCAGCCUGGCUUAAUUUCCCUACACCGCCACCCUCCACAAAGACCUCUUUAAGCAGUGACAAACAUUCUGAAAAUGUGGUGCGUCCAGACAGUCGCUACGGUGUAACUCGCAGACGUCACAAUUCAUCCGAUGCAUUUGAUGCUUCUCUUGGUCGUUCAAAUGGAGGUAAUUUUGGAAGAAAAGAAAAGAAUGGGUGGCGUUCACAGGGCAGGAAUGGAUCGGAAAAUAUAAAUCACAACGGUACUUCUAAUGGUACGGGCUCCCGAUCUCGAAGUAGCACAUUCCAUGGAGGUAAAAACCCAUGGGCAUCGUGAAGGCAGCUCUUUAGAGAAUGAAACAACACGAAAAGAAGAUCGUGAAAAACGCAAGCAGUUUGAAGCUGAAGAUUUUCCUUCUCUAAAUCCUGAGCAUGACAAAGAAGUGAACCAAAACAAGUCUCUCUCUGCUGGAGUGUGGGAAUACCCUUUGAAUUCUAAAUCUAGAAGUUCUCGAAUGCUGGUCAUUAGAAAAGGGAUGAAAGAUGAUUUUUCAUUGUCUGGGUAUCCGAUUACAACAAGUAGUACCCGCAUUCCACCCGCGAAGAAUGGGAUGGACAUCUCUAAGGAUCUAGAAGCCAAGGAUUCUAGUCCUACUAAGGAGAACAGUAAUGGACUAUUGGACGAGAACAAGAUUGAAACUUCUAAUGAAACCUUCAGGUCAAAUAAAACUGUUCAUAAUGACUUGACAGAUGCAUCUCAGACUUCAGUACAAGAGGAAGUUGAUUCUUCCAGUUUUUCGAAUAGAAUAAACAUUUGUCAGGAACAUGACAUCAACUUGAAUUUUGAAAAGAGGGAAAUCCCUCAGGGGAACGGAAAUUCCUUCACUUCCAGACAAAUUACACGGUCUUCUACUUUCCCUCAGGAGGUUGUUCUGUCAAGUUCACUGGAAGCAGAGCACAGGCUGUUGAAGGAAAUGGGCUGGCAGGAAGACAGUGAAAACGAUGAGAUCUAUGCACCACUAACAGAAGAUGAGAUGAGGGAGUUCCAGGUCAUAAGUCAGCAGCUGCAGAAGAAUGGGCUGAGGAAGAAUAGUCUCCUGAAAAAUGGGCUUUCAUUUGAAUUAAAAUUUGACCCCUGGAGACACAGUACUUUCACAACCACAGAUGAGAAUGAUGACACUGAGACCAGUAGCAGUGACACAUCAGAUGAUGACUUCUGA